AUGGGCACCUUUGGAUUGGAAGUUGGAGAAUGGCAAUUCUUUGAUACAGCCGGGAAACUUCUCAAUGGGCUUGCCCCGGGCCCACCCAAACAAACAGGGGAUGUAUCCUGUGCAGGUGCAAACCUCAGAGCACCAGCUAAACAAUCCAUUUCACAACUCCACCGAGCCACUAGUCACAGUGCCGGAUUGGACCUGUGUUCCUCCUCCCACUUCGUAUUAACACCUGAAAUGGGGGCACAAGCUAUCCCAACAGGAAUAUACGGCCCUUUACCCGUUGGAACAUGUGGUUUAGUAUUGGGUCGAAGUAGUCUGAGCAUGAAAGGGUUGCGAGUUAUACCAGGACUAAUUGAUUGUGAUUAUGAAGGAGAGUUAAAAGUUAUGUUACAAUCUGAAAUUUCUGUCUUUAAUCUACCUGCAGGAACAAAGAUUGCACAGUUGCUUUUAAUUCCUUAUGUUUCAUCUAUAGGAAAAGCUGAUUCCCGCAUUCGGGGAACAGGCGGUUUUGGAUCUACUGACGUUUAUCUUUUACAGCCCAUCAAUCAUCAGAGACCUGAACUUCAGUUAACAAUUGAUGGUAGAAAUUUUACAGGACUCUUGGACACCGGAGCAGAUGUAUCGAUGAGCCUGUACCUCGGUGGAUUCCGGAACGCUGUGUUCGACAUGCCAAAAACGAAAAUAGGCAAGCUCCGAAAGAGGUUUCAACGCCUGAUGUUGAUACCACGACAACCUCGACGACAACAACAUGAUUUUGACUAUUGGUCAUCAUUACAGAUCUUUGCUUAUUGGCUUAGCAUAAUAUGGAAUAAUGCCAACUCUUCAAUUAACUUAAAACUACUGCAUGGAGAAAUUCUCUCUUUACAAAAUAUAGAAAAAUUGCAGUUACCUCUCGCCCAACGUGCUCAUGAUUUUGUUAGUGUUUUAAAGGCUUCUUUUCCAUCACUAUCCUCAUUUUAUAAAGGAAUCUAUUGCCUUAUAGGAGCAACUUUAUGCAUAAUUGUCCUAGUUGUGGUAUUACCUUGCAUAUUUCGUUUAAUGUAUGAUAUGAUAAAACAAACGAGUAUAAAAACUAAAAAAUUACAAUUAAUGGCUACACAACACGUUCCCGCUACAAUACAUACUGAAUAAAAAGAAAAAAGGGUGAAAUGAUGAGACCAAUCUGCCUGAAAGGGUAGAAUGGCCCUCGAAAGGAUUUGCCUGGUAAGGGUUAAUCUUUUCUAAGGAAGCCUGCCUGAAAGGGUUGGCUCCUUGAACAAAGCCCCUAACUUAAGCAAAAACAUCCUGUAUACACAACAAUGAUAACGACACCAGAUGUCUUGUAGUCACGGAACAUAUAUCACAAAAAUGUAGUAAACAGUACCAUAAAUUUUGUAGAUAACAUUUGAUUGAUUUGUAGCAUAUAGAAAAUAUACGUACUCAUAUUGUUUGUUAACCUAUACUGAUGACCUUUGCGAUAUGUACUGACUAUAAAAAGAGCAUAAGAAGAAGCAAUAAACUGUCACUUGCUCAAAGA